GCGACGAGUCUCGGACUCGCCUCUUCUCUUCAUUCUUCUUCUUCAUGCGUUUUCUCCUUCCUUCUUAAAAGCUCUCUUCUUCUUCUUCUUCCUCUCUUACCACUUACAUUUAUUCUUCUCCUUCUCUCUCUUCUUGAAAGUAAUUGGACAGAGACCUCGAGACUCGAGAGAGAAAGAGUGAAUUAGAGAAGAGUUUGAUUUACUGCGAUCACCACCCUCUUUUUUGGUUACAUCGAGGUGGUGAUAAUUAUAUACCGUUAUGAAUGAGUGACUUCAAUUCCUAAGAUUUUAAUUUUUUCUAGGUUUUCUUCUUUUCAUUGAUCUCUCUCCGCCUCCUCUUAUUACGAAAGAGAAAAAAAAAUGAAGGAGGAACAGUCAAGAUCUCUGUUUGGAAUCUCUUUGUCUGAUCGACCAACUUGGCAACAGUUUCUCAUUUGUACUUCUGGUUUCUUUUUUGGUUACCUCGUCAACGGAGUUUGCGAGGAAUAUGUUUAUAAUCGCCUUCAGUUUAGCUUUGGUUGGUAUUUCACGUUUAUACAAGGAUUUGUCUACUUGUUCCUCAUCUACCUUCAAGGCUUUACCACUAAGCAUAUCGUUAAUCCCAUGAGAACUUAUGUCAAACUCUCUGCUGUUCUCAUGGGUUCUCAUGGAUUAACCAAAGGAUCUUUGGCCUAUCUCAAUUAUCCUGCUCAAAUCAUGUUCAAAUCCACCAAGGUAUUGCCGGUGAUGAUAAUGGGUGCGUUUAUACCCGGUCUGCGAAGAAAAUACCCUGUCCAUGAGUACAUUUCAGCUUUCUUGCUAGUUCUUGGUUUGAUCCUAUUCACAUUAGCCGAUGCUCAAAUGUCGCCUAACUUUAGCAUGAUUGGGAUUAUGAUGAUAACCGGUGCAUUGAUCAUGGAUGCUUUCUUGGGGAAUUUACAAGAAGCUAUCUUCACAAUGAAUCCUGAGACAACUCAGAUGGAGAUGCUUUUCUGCUCAACUGUUGUUGGAUUACCGUUCUUGUUCGUUCCCAUGGUCUUAACUGGAGAGGUUUUCCGUGCGUGGACUGCGUGUGCACAACAUCCGUAUGUGUACGGAGUGCUUGUAUUUGAAGCCAUGGCCACAUUCAUCGGUCAAGUCUCUGUUCUGUCCCUCAUUGCCCUCUUUGGAGCCGCCACUACAGCCUUGAUAACAACGGCGAGGAAAGGUGUUACGUUGUUGCUGUCGUAUUUGAUAUUCACGAAACCGUUAACUGAACAACACGGGUCAGGCUUGCUGUUGAUUGCAAUGGGGAUUGUAUUGAAAAUGGUUCCAAUGGAUAGUAAAGCUCCGACCAAGAUUCCAGCUAGACCAGCGGUUAGGAGCGCUGGAGGGGACGGUGAUAGAGAGGACGAUGAAGAGAGGAAGUCAUUGGUUUGAGAAUGUGCCAUGUAUUAUUUAUAUAUACACACUAUAUUUUUAUUUUCACAACUUCAAAGGGUUUAUAGAAUAAUAAUGUUGGGAUGAAGGGAAAACAAAAGGGAGAAAAAGCAAAUAGAGUUAAAGUUGUUUCAGAGACUUGUUAUUAGAUUCUAAAGCAAAAUUACAAAAGAAUGAGAUGUUAAAUUGUAAACUAUGGUAUGAUUUAUA